CAGGUCCUCUCAAAGCUCCACGCGAGACAGGCGUUCAGGCGCGUGCCACUUCCAAGUUCUGCGAGUCAGUGACGGCCAGUACGGUUUAAAGAUGUACAGAUUCACUCGUUCGUCGAUGAUGCAGCCAAUGAUGCAAUCCGGCAUGGGAAUGGCCCCCUUUUUCAAGGUGACCGUGUUCGAGCAGGAGCACUUCCAGGGCAAGUGCCAGGAGUUCACCUCGGAAUGCUGCAACAUCCAGGACUGUGGCUUUGACAACAUCCGCUCCAUCCGCGUGGAGUGUGGAUCCUGGGUGGGUUAUGAGCACCACGACUUCGAGGGCCAGCAGUUCAUCCUGGAGAGGGGUGAGUACCCUCACUGGGACGCCUACAGCGGAAACCUGUCCUACCACAUAGAGAGGCUCAUGUCCUUGAGACCCAUCUACUGCGCUUCUCACCAGAGCAGUCGCAUGAUGAUCUUUGAGAAGGAGAACUUCCUGGGUCGCAGCGUGGAGAUCUGUGAUGACUACCCCUCUCUCCAGGCCAUGGGCUGGUGUGGAACUGAGGUCGGCUCCAUGCACGUGCAGUGUGGCGCGUUUGUGUGUUACGAGUUCUCUGGCUACAGAGGCAGACAGUACAUCAUGGAGUGUGAGAGACACAGUGGAGACUACCAGCACUGGAGGAACUGGGGCUCUCACAGUCAGACCCCUCAGAUCCAGUCUAUCCGCAGAAUCCAGCAUUAAGGACCUCGCAACGCCCGCAAACCCGCCCAGCACCACUGAGACCCCCCCCCACACACACACAGACACACACAAACACACACACACACACUCAUCACACUCAUUCAGCUACUCCAAGCCAGUCUUUUUACUCCUUGCAGAGAAAAGAAACCACCUUCAUUCACACCUGCAUUUCUAUACUGUUAAGACGUCUGGAACUGACUAACCUUGCCCCGCGCGCACACUCGCGACUGAGCCACUCUGACAGAGGGUUCCAUCCAAUCGGUACAGACUAGACCACACCCCCCUUUAUGUGAUUUGUCAAGGGGUGGGGGCGUGGCAGUGGAGACCCAUCCCUCUGCUGGUCCAGUUUAGGUGUGCAGGGGGAUGAGAUCAUUAUGAAGCUAAUCAUAAUAUGGAAAAAAUAAACUUAUGUGCACUUCAGUACUUCA